AUGGGCGAGUACGGAGUUGUGCCUGGCCAGCGUGUGGCCAUCAUCUGGGACAGCUCCUCACCAGUUGAAGCCCUGAAAGAUUUGGUGGACAAAAUCCAGGCCCUGGUAGGAGCUGAUCAUCGUGUCUCUGUGGAAAAUGUUAAGCAGCUGUCUCAAUCGGCUCACAGGGAGUCCAGCUUCGAUGUCAUUCUCUCUGGCGUGGUGCCAGGCAGCACAGUGCUGCACAGCGCAGAGGUGCUGGCAGAAAUAGCUCGGAUCCUGAAGCCGGGGGGCAGAGUCCUCCUGAAAGAACCUGUGGUUACGGAAUUAGGAAACAACAGCAGAAUCAAGACCGCGGCCAAACUCCCCUUAGCUCUGACUCUCUCUGGGUUGGUGGAGGUGAAGGAGCUGCAAAAGGAAGCACUGACCCCAGAAGAGGUCCAGUCAGUCCAAGAGCAUUUGGGUUACCGAGGCAAUGACCUUCUCAUUGUUCAGAUCGAAGGCAGGAAGCCAAAUUUCGAAGUGGGAUCCUCAAGUCAGCUCAAACUUUCCUUUGCAAAGAAACCUGGUGUUUCAGGAAAACCCUCAGUGGACCCAGCCACUGCCAAGCUGUGGACUCUCUCCGCAAAUGAUAUGAAUGAUGAAGAGAUGGAUAUUCUGGACUCUGAUGAGCUGUUGGAUUCAGAAGAUUUGAAGAAGCCAGAUCCGUCUUCCCUCAGAGCUCUGUCCUGCAAAGAAACUGGCAAAAAGAAAGCCUGCAAAAAUUGUACAUGUGGCCUGGCUGAAGAGCUGGAACAGAAGAAGAGCUCGCAGCCCAAAUCUGCCUGUGGAAACUGCUACCUGGGGGAUGCGUUCCGCUGUGCCAGCUGCCCAUACCUGGGCAUGCCCGCCUUCAAGCCUGGGGAGAAGAUUCUUCUGAAAGAGAACCAGCUGCAUGACGCCUAACAGACAUCUCUGGGUGUCCCGUGAAGGACUUCUGCUUUUCCAUCAGCCUGAGGUUCUUCCUGCAGUCCUCUACAUCCUCGAAA